AUGGAUCUCGCGGCGUACCAAGAGAACCUGGACCAAGCCGUUCGCCUCUCCCAGCAGGCGACCGACCGCGACAAGGAGGGCGACUACGCUGAGGCCUUUGAGCUCUACAAGGUCGCUCUGGACUACUGGAAUCUGCUCUGCCGAUGCCAGACGAACGCGCUGCUCAAGGAGAAGCUUUACCACAAGAUGAGCGAGUACAUUGCGCGCGCGGAGGUUCUCAAGCGCUUCCUCGAGACGCAGCGGCGGCUGUGGACGUCACCGAGUCACGCGUCGCACGGGUCGUCUUCUUCUCCUUUCCCUCCUCUGCUUCCUCCCUCGCUCCGCUCCGCUCACGCCGCGGCCUGCACGUCCGCUUCCUCGCUGCCUCCCUUCCCCCACGCGGCGCCUCUGACGCCCGCUGUGCCCCCGCGCCUCUCAGAGUCCCGCGACUUUCUCUGCGCCAAGAGGGACGGCGACCGCUUGGCUGGAGACGGCUGCGGCUGCGCAAGCAGCUACCGCGCAGACGGCGAGCUGACCGAAGGCGACAAAAUCAAGGAAAAACUCAGCACGGCAAUCGUCACAGAGCGACCGGAGGUUCGCUGGCACCAUAUAGCUGGACUGGAUGCGGCGAAGGAGGCGCUCCAAGAGGCGAUUAUUCUUCCUUCGCGCUUCCCCAGUCUCUUCACAGGCGAGCGAACGCCGUGGCGCGGCAUUCUUCUGUACGGACCUCCAGGGACGGGAAAGACGUUUCUGGCGAAGGCCGUCGCCGCGGAGGCGAACGCCACCUUUCUCUCAGUCUCCUCAGCCGACCUCGUGAGCAAGUGGCAAGGCGAGAGCGAAAAACUGGUGCGCUCCCUGUUCGCCAUGGCGAGAGAGCGGCGCCCGGCGAUCAUCUUCAUCGAUGAAGUGGACUCGAUGUGCGGAGCGCGCAGCGAAGGCGACAGCGACUCUUCGAGGCGAAUAAAAACCGAGUUCCUCGUGCAGAUGCAAGGCCUUCAGAACGACGCGCCGGGCGUCCUUGUCCUCGGCGCCACUAACGUUCCCUGGGCGCUCGAUUCGGCGAUUCGACGCAGAUUCGAGCGCCGGGUGUAUAUCCCGCUUCCGGAUCUCGCGGCGCGUCUGCGCCUCGUCGCGCUCUCGCUGGGCGCCACUCCGCACCGCCUCACCGAGUCGCACUUUCGCGCGCUCGCUGCAGAGACCGAAGGCUUCAGCGGGGCGGACAUUUCUGUCGUCGUCCGCGAUGCGCUCUUUCAGCCGCUGCGGAAGUGCCGCGCAGCCACGCACUUCAAGCGAGUGCAUCACAACGGCGCCAUCUUCCUCACGCCCUGCCCUCCGGCGGACGCGGAUCCCACGAAAGUCGAAAUGCGCCUGAUGGAAGUCCCGCCCGACCGCCUGCUUCCUCCUGACGUGACCGUGGAGGACUUCAUCGCCGUGCUGCGCCAUGCGCGGCCCUCUGUCUGCGAAGAGGACAUACGGCGCCACGACGAGUGGACUCGGCAGUAUGGCGUCGAAGGCCAGUAG